AGCCUUGAGGUGUGUGGUUUUUCACGGCGGGUCGGUGUUUAUAUUGAUAGACGCAGUGUGAAUUGAAACGGUGAGUGGGAGAUCGCCUGCUUUUAACAAGGUUGGCAAGGUUCAAAUCAAUAAAACACCCCUGGCAGUGACCAAUUUAUUAAAUAGGUAAACAAAGAAAGUCCUACUUCUAUUCUUGAUUCUGUGAGAAAUUGAUCCACAAACUAGGCCAAUUGCUCCUGGACAAAAGCCGUUCUUGUGUUUUCUGGAACAAACCGAUCCUCGCAUAGAUUCAGCACCAUGGACAGCUAAAGGAGAGAUUAUUUUCAACGCCGCGAAAUCCCGCCUUUGAUUCAGAUUCCAUUGUGAUUUCACAAUAGAAGGGGACAUGCUCUGACGUAAUCAACAACGCAUGAAUGUACUGCCUCAAACCUGUACGGACAGAAAAGAACAACUCAGCGACAGCGAGGCCUUCGCUUCACGCAACUCUGACCGCUCUUUCUGAUCUAAACCUAACAAUGGCGUUGCCGUUGGGAACAUUAGGUCGGUAGACCUCAUCGCGCUGAAGUACAUUACCCCUUUGACGCAAUUUAUUCUGGGCUUUGUGAAGCUGGUCACUCUUCUCUCUGCUGCUUCCCUUCACUGUGAUGCUGUGAUAUUAUCACUGGGGAGACUCCAUGACACUUCACUGAGCUGUGACGCUGUGAUAUAAUCACUGGGGAGACUCCAUGACACUUCACUGAGCUGUGAUGCUGUGAUAUAAUCACUGGGGAGACUCCAUGACACUUCACUGAGCUGUGACGCUGUGAUAUUAUCACUGGGGAGACUCCAUGACACUUCACUGAGCUGUGAUGCUGUGAUAUUAUCACUGGGGAGACUCCAUGACACUUCACUGAGCUGUGGCGCUGUGAUAUUAUCACUGGGGAGACUCCAUGACACUUCACUGAGCUGUGACGCUGUGAUAUUAUCACUGGGGAGACUCCAUGACACUUCACUGAGCUGUGACGCUGUGAUAUUAUCACUGGGGAGACUCCAUGACACUUCACUGAGCUGUGAUGUUGUGAUAUUAGUAGUAUCUUCCUGUAUGGUACAGGUUCUGCUGAGAGCACAGACACAGAGACCAAGCCUGUGUGCUGCUCAGCCCAGACAGUGGAUAGGGUGUCACUAACCCAGAUCCUGUUGCGGACGCUAGCCUACUGUUGUUGACAACGCUAUCGUCACUAUGACCAGCCUAGGGAUCCAGCAACGUCCCACUGACCACAGACAGACAGGGAGGAGUCCUUUACUCCUGUCUCACAAACAGAGGUCCUCCUCCUCCCUGCCCCUCCUGAAACGCCUGCACCAGGCCAGGGGGCCGUACGCUGGCGCUGAGCCCCAGACAGACCCGCUGUCGCUGGAUGACUACUUCUCCCUCCUCCAACGACUGAAAGAGGAGACUUACAUGUACAAACAGAACAAGGAGCUGAAACAGGUACAGAGCAGGAAGCCAUGGUGUAAGCAGCAGCCUCAAUCUCCACCUCUGCCCAGUCCUCUUCCCAGAGGCCCUAGCAGCAGAGUUCCACCACUUCCCGGAGUUCCCAGUAGCAGCAGCACGGUGUUACCGUCGGGUCGUACCCAGCGUAGACUGAGCCAGCACUCCAGCCACAAGAUGGCGUCCUCCUCCUCCUCCCAGAAGGGUAAACACACCCCUGCCAUCAUCAAGGGCCAUCGCCACUUAAGCUACGGAGGAUCCGUCCCACCUGAGAACAUCACCAUUCAACAGUUUUAUGACCUUACACCUACCAAGAAAAGUAACGUCCGCCUCAACGACCAGCUUAUACCAAAACCAACAGACAUCAACAUCGCAGAGAUAAUGAUAAAGGUUCCGAUUCCAAAAGAACAUCCAUAUCAGGCCCACAUCUCCCGCUUCGCCCUGUUCCCAACUUUCCGCUCACCAGACGACCCCGACACAGGCGUGAGAGCUGCGUCCCUACGACCCCUGAACCCCCUCGUCCCGUCCUCUGCUCCAGAGGUCACCGUGCUGAGAAAGACAAAAGGAGGUCCUUAUCGUCAUGAGGUACUGGAGGCACCCAUGACAACCAGGAAGAAAACCAUCUCAUGGCCAGGACAACAUGGCUUCCUGGAUCACCCCAAGCCAGUUAAGGGCGAGGCCCAGACCCAGGUAUUCUACCCUAAGUCCCAGAAGACAGUGUUUCCCAACCCCACCUUGUGUGACUGGGACGUCACGCUGUCUGAACGAACAGCCAACAUGCUCCGCAACGUAGAGAAGUCCCACUGGGUCACCUCCUACCAGCUUCACUACACAGGCAAUGGGCCUACUAAUCCCUUGAGGUUGGAUGACUUCCAUGAGAACACCAUUGACAUGAUCACUGGGAAGAUAACUCCCUACACAACACAGCUGAGGGAGCGAUCUCACCCCGUCCUGCUGCCCCCUAAACCACGAGACGGACGCAAGGCCAGAAUACGCCAGGGUCGUCAUAUGGUGGAGAGCACCUACCACCCUCCUGUCACUGCCCCAGCAGCAGAGUCCUACAGCGUAGACCACACUUCCACACAGAAUCACCCUGCUGGGCCUCUGGGAACUAUGUCUGGUCACCAAAGUCAUCAGGAGAUAAAGGGGAACCCUUCUACUCAGGACGACCAUCCCAACAACAGCCACGGCCACUCAGAGCUCAGUCUAGCCAGGCCUGAGGUUGGAGAUGUGUCUGGGCCUGGGGCUGGAGAUGUGUCUGGGCCUGGGGCUGGAGAUGUGUCUGGGCCUGAGCCUGCUCAGGUGUCUGGGUAUGUGUUCCCUGGUCACCACCUUCAAGAUCAAGGCUCCAGGUGUGAGAGGUGUGGGGAGGAGAGGUGUGAGUGCCAGGUCAAGGAGGCCAGAGAAGGGCUCCAUCACCCAGGGCCAGGGGCAUCAGACCCCCAGCAGAGCAACCAGGCUCCCAGAGCCUCCCUGGAGAAGGGGGUGUUGGAGAAGGUCACAGACACAGAGAGCUCUCUGGCCUUGUACAGCUGCCAGCUGCCCCAUCCUCCCCUGAAUGAGACCACAGAGGUCACCAAAGAGAAUAACACCAAGAGAGAGGUAUGGUACGAGGACCUUCCUAGUAGCAAGAAGCAGAGCUACACAGCAUCAGGGGGUAACCCGUUCAGCCUGAGCCAGCCAGCUCCAGCAUUGGCUACUAACAACACAGGGGCGGCAUAUGAAUCUGAGACAGAGCUGCCUGCUGCUGAUCUGGUCUCUCCCAACAUCCGUAACUGGCGCUCAAGCGGGAAUUUAGUUCUGGGUUCUGAGAUGACUGCCAAUCAGACCCCUGAAGAACAGGAUCAGGAGUGGCAGAACAGAGAGAUCCCCAUCCCACGCAGUAUCUCCAACCCCUGUAUCCAACCCCGUCCACAUGCCCUGCCUUCCACCCACCCAGGGGAGAGGGGCAGGGGCCGGUGCCAGUUGGCCCUGUUGGAGCUCCAGGACUCCUUCAGUAAGUCGGAGGUCCACCGCCUCUUCCACAGCUCCCUCCAGGGGGGCGCGGUCAACCUGCAGGACAAUGUACACACCGGGAGAAAGCACCGCUUCUACGGCUUCAACUCCUUCUAUUUCCACAACUGAGCACUGUAUUGUAGACCUACCACUAUGCCAACAGUCUGUAGGGAGUGGAAGACAUCAGAGGGCUUAGUGAGUUGGAUGGGUCUAAGGUCUACAACGUUAUCUCUUCAUGAUGGGAAAUCCAACCAUAUACUGUCACUUACUCAAAGCUACUGACAUGUUUUGCUUAUGAUGUCUAUCUUUCCAUGUGCAGAUGGUUCAAAUAAAAUCAUCCA